CAGCCAUAAUUCUCACAAGCCCGUACAGCUCACAAAGGCGCAGCCCAUUCCGAUCGAGAAGAGAGAGUCUAGUUUCUUCUACGCUAAGCUUAACAUGGCUUCCACCAAAAUGCUGGCGACGGCGAUCGCGGCGCUAGCGGCGGUGCUAAUGUUGACGGCCACCGCCACCGCCCAGUCCACCUCCUGCGCUUCCAACCUCGUCCCCUGCGCUGAGUACCUCAACUCCACCAAACCGCCCGCCUCCUGCUGCGACCCGCUCAAAGAAACCGUGACUAAAGAGCUCAGUUGCCUCUGCAACCUCUAUAAGAACCCGGAAGUGUUGAAGUCCCUCGGAGUCAACAUCACUCAGGCCCUUGAGCUUCCCAAGCACUGCGGUAUAAGCAAUGACGUCAGCGCCUGCGACAAAGCUUUGAGUCCAACCGCCGCUACUAAUACCACUCCUCCAUCAGUGCCGCAGCCGCCUCCAGCUACACCAAGUGGAGUAAGCAGGUUUGCAUGGGCUGAAGUUUCCAGCUUGCUAUUGCUCGGGGCGUCUAUAAUACUGUGGUAGAUUCGGAGUUUUUGUGUUUAAACUGUUGCAGGUUUUCAUGGAGGUAGUAUUUCUGAGCAGCAGUUAGACCUCAGAGUGUUGUUUGCAGAACAGUGCAGUGUUGUACUUGUGAAUUCUGAUAUGAAUUUGGCAUAUAUAUAGACAGAAUAUCCUGUGAUUGUUGAAAUAUUCUUUUAGCUGAAAA